UCGGAUGGUUGAUUAAAUUUUUUUUCUUAAACUAAAUGAAUAAAUUUUACAAAAUGUAAUGCAUUGAAAUAUGAAAAUUAAAGAAGUCUAGACCCAGUAAAGUGUAAAAUGAUUUUAAAUCUGAAUUUAAAGAAAGAUCUACAGGUGUAUGAUUUACACAUUUAUUGAUUUUUGUCACAUUGAAUUAGCUGCUAUUUAUGCAGUGUAUAUUUUCAUUCUGGUUUUAUUGUCAUGGGAGAUUUAAAGUUACCUUGUUUUUAAUGAUAAUUUGACAGUGUGCACCUUCAAGCUAUCUUAUCAUUGCACGUCUUGUCAAUUUGGAACACAAGUAUGAGUUUAAAAUCCAAUAUGCUUAAUAGCGCAUAUAGCUACCUAACUUUUGUCUCAUUUCUAGGUCAUAGAUAGGUAGACAACAUUCAACAAACAUGGCAGCUAGUAAACUAAAAUAUCCACUGGGCUCUCCUCAGGAGCAUAUUGAAAUGUGUAAAACCCAUGGUUUACCUAUUGAUGUUAUAUGUGAGGACUGUGAUGAAUUCAUUUGUAAUAAGUGUGCCAAAACAGAUCAUAGAGAUCAUGACUGGAACACUCUACCCACAGCAGCCACCAAAAGAAGGAGAGGUCUACUUAAAUUUCUGAGGAAGAUUAAGGAAGAAGAAUUGCCAGGUAUCGAUGAGAAGCUAAAGAAGAUGUCAAAAAAGAUCAAAGCAAAUGAAGAAGUGUGUGACUCUGAGAUUAAAAAGCUUCAGAAGCAUUAUAAUGAGAUAAUGGCCCGGAUGACAAAUAUCAAGGAACAUAAGGAACAACAAUUUAGAGAGAAUUUGAAGAAAAGCAUUGAAAAGUUGGAUGUUGCAAAAUCUGAGUUAAACAAAAAGAAGAAAGAAAUUGCUGACAUAGUUAAGUUCAUGGAGGAAAACAACAGUACCAUGUCAGAUUACGGCUUGAUUGACAACCACAAAGAACUGACACAACUGCUGUCAGGUCUGGAUGUUGAUAUGAAGAAUAUUACACCAUCAGUGAGAUACAGUAAAGGAGAAGUCAGUGAUGUGGUACUGGAGAACUUAAUUGGAAAGUAUUGUGAUUUAGAUGAUAUCAGUUUGACUGAAACAAGCUCAUUCAAAUAUGGAGAGGAAGCAGUAAUUUUGUUGAGGGCAUUGUGUGAAGAUCAGUGUUACAUAAAACAAUUAGAGACAGAUUACAUUGAACAAGUAAACAAAGAAGGGGAGAAAAAGCAUCAAUAUAAUAUCACUGCUAAUGACAUGUGUGUGACUGAUACUGGUGAUGUUUAUUUUACUGAUUUUAGUAACAAUACCAUCAGUUGUCUGUCACCAUCAGGAUCUGUCUCUACAGUCAUCAGUACAGAUCCACUGGCACCAAUAGGAAUCUGUCAGUCAGUGGAUGGUGGACUACUGGUUACGCAAGUGAGUUAAGGCUAGAUAUAGGCAUUUCUAUGCAAAUAAACUAAUUAAAAUGCCUAAGGACUAUAUCUUUUUUACAGAGAAAAUUAAAACUUAUUGUCUAAUACAUACUUGGUACCCACGACAUGAGAUAGCCAGUACGCAUUAUGACGUCAUAUUAUGACGUCAGUGUUCUUUACUACACAAGAUUAUAAUGGAUAUCAACAAAAAUGCUUCGGCGCAAGGGCAUGCUCUAUUUUAUUUAGCUGAAACAAGGUAUAUUUAGACGCAAAAUAUUCCAAUGUUUUCUGGUAUUGCUGCACAAAUAUCAACAGCUCAGUUGUAUAAUAUCUAUUUGUAAAGUUUUAAGUUGAAUUGGGGUAAAAAUGUACAGUCCGGUAUCAGUUUCUUCAAAUUCCGAUCAAAUGAGAAAAUGUCUAGGAUUUGUGCAGCAGUUUUAUUAAUCUAUAGAAUAUCCUUAUUAGCAUUAUACAAUUUUUAUAUAAAAAUAAAUAGGGUAAUCUCUUGCGCCGAGGCCGUUUUGUUGAUGUGUUAUAUUACCUCCAGUAGGUAAGAUCAGUGACGUCAUAAUAUGACGUCAUAAUGUGCACUGGCUAUAACAUCUCGUGGGUACUAAGUAUGCAUAAGAAAAUAAAUCAAAACAUUCUUUGAAUAAUAAAUAUACAUCUUACGCGUUUUUAUUUAGCUCAUUUGCAUAGAAACGCCUAUACCUAGCCUUAACUCACAUGCGUACCUUGAGAGACAAUGAAUCAGAUCGUUACAAAUUAGAGUCACACAGUAGAAGUUUGGUGAGACACAUCAAAGUGACAGGUGAUGUCAUCCAUGAGUUUGAGUACCAGGAGGACGGUCAGACUAGACUGUUUACAUAUCCAUUCAGUGUCACACAGAACAGCAACAGUGAUAUCUGUGUUGUGAACCGUACAAAUCCCACUGCAGGUGAACUAGUGAUUAUGUCUACUUCUGGUCGUAUGAAGUCUGUUUACCGUGGACGAAACCUGACAGAGGACUUUUGGCCAGGUAUUGCAGUGUGUGACUCCCUCUGUAACAUUCUUGUUACUGACAUGAACGAUAUACAGAUCCAUUUGCUGAGUCCUGACGGUGAAUUUUUUAAGUUUUUACUGACAGAAAAUGAAAUGUACCAUCCAACCAGAUUAUCACUGUACAAGUCUACGCUGUGGGUAGGAAAUAUGGAAGGGCUUGUCAAAGUGUUUCAUUACACAAUGUAAAAUCUGACAAAGAGCUUUAGUCCAGAUGUCGUAAUGUGUGACUCUUUCUGUAGCAUCCUUGUUACAGAACCACCUCACAACCAAAUCCAUCUGCUGAUUCCUGACGGGGAAUUUUUGAAAUUCUUACUGACACAGAAUGAAGUGAACCAUCCAGUCAGAUUAUCAUCAUACAAGUCUACACUGUGGUCGGAAAACAAUAAAGGGCUUGUCAUAGUGUUUCAAUACCGAGUGUAAAAUUUAAUACAUGUAUAUUACAUAAAUUUUAUUGGAGAUUAAGUCAGAUGUGUUGAUUAUGUUUUAAUAAGAGUUUUCAAAAAGCCUGGUUCUGCAUGGCCAGGACACGGACACGGAAUCAGAGUCUGAAUGUGAGGAACCCUUGCACACAGAAAACGGUGUGGAGGCACGGAAUCCGUGUCCCAGGGAGACAGUUUUUAACUCAAGCGGAUUUUGCUUCAAUCUAUUUGUUUAUACCUCAAGUCUUUUUACUGAGCAUGCUCAAUCAUAACUUCCUUAAAUUUAUUUGAAUAUCGAAUUGGAGGGAUAAAUGGUCAUGAGCUAAGAAUGUUUCUUUUUUACUCUUGUUUUUGUUUUAGAAUUGUAAUGCAUCAAUAGUACUAAUAUGUAGAGCUAUUUAUUGUGAACAAUUUCUAGUGUGAUGGAUUUUUUAAGAAGGUUAAUUUAGAUUAACUUAGACUGUAUGAAGUAGAUCUUUUGAAUUGAUACAGAUAUGGUUAAGAAUUUCAUACUUUUAAUUAACUUACGUUUGUGCCAUUUAUUCUCUUAAACAAUUUGCUAUGCAUUGCAUGUAUCUUGUCGAUGUAUUUAACUCAAUUUUAGAUUAUAUUCAGAAGUAUAUAUCCAUUAUAACCAGUAUUAUUGUAAUUUUCAAAGGUUGUAUAAUUGUAUAAUAUUGUAAUAAGAGACACAUUCACAAGUAUUAUUUUAAUAGGUAAGUCCUGUUCCUACAAUGUGAUUAAAAGUUGAUGUUCUUGGUAGUGUCUACUCAAAGGAAGAAUUGUUGGAAAAUGUUGAUGGGAAUUUGGGUAAACAAUUAUUGUCUCAUGUAUGAAGCACUUGUUUAUGUAAUGGAAUAUGAGAUUCAUAGAUGUCAAAAAUAAAAGGCACCAAGUUUUAAUAA